AUGUGGCCUGUUGCGGCAGAGGUUGAAGGUGAUGAUGUGACUGAGAUGAAGGAAAAUGGUGAGGAAUUCGCUUCCACUAAGAAGGGCUUAGCGUCUGAGGACGACGUCGAAAAACCAUGUUCUGUCUAUGCAGUGAGCAAAGACGACAUGGACACCUAA